AUGCACAGACGCUCGUCUGGCUCGCCGGCCGAGGACGACGCUGAAGAAUCCGUACUCACCGUCUCUCGUACUCCGACCGACCCGAGUUCUGGUCCCAACGUUCUCGACCCGCCGGAAAAAUCGCGUCCGCAGGCUGCCAGAACCGGCACCAGCUUCGAUCUCCGGCGCGAUGCCUCGUCCACCCCUCGGUCUCGCAACUCCAGUCUUUGGCGCACCGCCUCCGCCAAUGACUCCCGUUCUUCCUCCGUCAUGAUGCCGUUGGCCUCGCAGCGAUUGCCCAUGGAGGCCUCCCCCGAUGGUCAGCACCGCUUUCGACCCUCGCGCCUCCGCAGUCCGUGGCCGGUCUCGAUUCUCACAGCCCUCACCACGCUCAUCGCCUCCAUCUUCAUCUUCUUCAUCCUCCGAUCCUUCUCCGAGCGACAAAUGGGUGGCGAUGGCUGUGGGAUUCCCGUCAUGAGUCCCACAUUCAUUCGCAUGGUGGGAUUUGAUACGGAACAUACCCGCUUUGCGAGCAAAUACAAUCUCUUUCUCUAUCGAGAAGAAGGAGUGGAUUGGUAUCAUCAGGAUAAUUUGGGCUUAAACGGCGUCCCCGUCCUCUUCCUCCCCGGAAACGCCGGCAGCUAUCGUCAAGUCCGCUCCCUGGCCGCGGAAGCCUCGAGACACUAUGCCGAUGUGGUCCGACAUGAUGAGGAGCGUCUAAAGACCGGUACCCGGAGCCUGGACUUUUUCAUGAUCGACUUUAAUGAAGACCUGGCGGCGUUUCAUGGGCAGACCCUGCUCGACCAAGCUGAAUACGUGAACGAAGCCGUGGCAUACAUCCUGUCGCUAUACCAUGAUCCGCGACGGUCGCGGAGGGACCCUGAGUUGCCCGACCCCAGCUCCGUGAUUUUGGUGGGCCAUUCGAUGGGAGGCAUUGUCGCCCGGACGGCCUUGACCAUGACCAACUACCAGGCGAAUUCGGUCAAUACCAUUGUCACCAUGUCGGCGCCUCACGCGAAGCCCCCGGUCUCGUUCGAAUCGGAUAUCGUCCAUACCUACAAGCAGAUCAACGAUUACUGGCGCGAGGCUUACUCCCAGACGUGGGCCAACAACAAUCCUUUGUGGCAUUUGACGUUGAUAUCGAUUGCGGGUGGGUCGCGUGAUACCGUGGUGCCAUCCGACUACGCCAGUAUCUCGUCGCUGGUCCCGGAGACGCACGGCUUUACGGUGUUUACCUCUACGAUUCCGGAUGUCUGGAUCGGCAUGGACCAUCUGUCGAUUACAUGGUGUGAUCAAUUCCGCAAAGCCAUCAUCAAGUCUUUGUUUGAUGUCGUGGAUGCCCGCCGAGCCAGCCAAACCAAGCCACGGGCGGAGCGCAUGCGAAUUUUCAAAAAGUGGUAUCUCACCGGACUGGAGCCAGUGGCCGAGCGAACUCUUCCCCAGAAAGGUAUUUGGCCCGGAGUGCUUGCCAUAUCGUUGCUGACUCUUGCAGAACCGACCACCCUAUUGACGCUGGAAGACAGUACCAACACCAUUCUGCCGCAGGGCCAGCGACUGAUCCUUCGCGACCUCGGCCACAAUCCGAAUACCAACGUGCACCUGCUGCCGGUCCCGCCGCAGGGGGUGUCGGGGAAGAAGUUUACUCUUCUGACGGACCAGAAAUUCGACGAAACCGGCGAGCAGGGUACACUGGAGGUUCUUUUUUGCAGCGUCUUUCCUCUUCACAAUGGCAAGUUUGCCAGCGUCUUUUCGAUGAACAUGGAUUUCUCCGGGGGCAGCGCGGGUUCCACGCGGCUUGCGUGUAAGAACGCUGCAGAAGAUGGCAUCCAUCUUCCCGCGUCGACGCGGACCUCCAAGCAGGCGUACGAUCGGACGACGCCGUUUUCAUAUCUCCAGUAUGACUUGGAGGAUCUGGCGGAGCAUCAGUUUGUGGCCGUUGUCGACAAGGCGCGAACACCCACCCGGGGAUGGGUGGUGGCGGAAUUCUCCGACAGCUCCGACUCGGUCAUCCGGGCUCGCGUGGGCUUGGGUGGCUUGCUCAGUGCUGGGCUGAAGAUGCGGCUGCCGGCCAAUCGUCCCAUGCUCACCGAGGUGAAGAUUCCGGCGCUGCAUUCGAGUCUGCUCAACUACAAGCUCAAGAUCGUGCGUCGGGGCUACGGAGAACAGCCCGAGCUGUUUGCACCGCUGCUGCGCCAGUCGAUGCCUGAUCCCCAUGAGUCCAAGUUUUUUGUCAACGCGAGACAGGUCAAUGUGAAUCUGCACGGUAUCGCUCCGUUCAUGCCUCCCCCGCUUCGCGAACAAGCGGCCCAUGGGGGCGUGUCUUUUCAGCUGUGGACGGACCCGAGCAGCGAGUCGACGCUGGAUAUCUCCUUGUCGGUGGACAUCUUGGGUAGUUUGGGGGAGCUCGUGAUGCGGUAUCGCACUGUGUUUGCUGCAUUCCCGGUCCUGGUGAUUGCACUGGUUCUUCGGAAGCAAUUCCAAGUCUAUGACGAGACGGGCUACUUUAUCACCUUUGCGGAGGGGCUGGACAGCACGUUGCGGUCGUCUUUGCCUCUGCUGCUGCUGGCCAUGUCGUUGUUGGCUUCGUCUCUGGCGACGACGAGCACACUGCCCCCGAGUGACGAUCCGUUCCAUUGGCGCACCAACUCUACCGAGUCGCCGGUUGAUUUUACAAAGAAUGAUCUCCUGCUGGGCUCGCAGGAUGCAUUCUUCUGGUUCCUGGUGCCUGUGUUCGGUCUGAUCAGUGUGGGAGUGUGCGUGAUGAUGAACUAUGUCGCGCUGUCUCUGCUCUCAGUUCUGUCUUUCUUCUAUGGCUUGUUGAACACCAAAUCGGGGUACAUCAAGCGGGACGACAAAGGGAAUCUGUCUAUUUUUUCUGCCCCAACGCCCCGUCGGCGGUUGAUCAACACGGCGAUCCUGUUGAUUCUCGUCGCGACCGCCAUUCCGUACCAAUUUGCCUAUAUGGUGGCAUGCAUUGUGCAGCUGGCGACGUGUGUGCGGGCCCAAUGGCAUGCCAGAGAGACGAAAUCCACGACCCAUUAUAACUUCGCCAAUUACACGUAUUCGAUUUUCCUUUUGAUGUUGUGGAUCCUCCCGAUCAACAUCUUGGUUUUGCUUGUGUGGGCCCACAACCUGGUUGUGCACUGGUUCAUGCCGUUUUCGUCGCAUCACAACGUGCUGUCGAUUAUGCCGUUUAUUCUUCUUGUCGAGGCCAUGACCACCGGGACGAUGAUCCCUCGCGUUAGCACACGGUUUAAAACGGUCACGUCGCUUCUUCUCUUCGCCCUUGCCAUCUACUCAGCCGUGUACGGCGUGUCCUACGGCUAUCUGCUUCACCACCUCACUAAUAUUUUUGCCGCGUGGCUGGUCGGCAUCUACCUGUUCAGCAGUGGCUUCUCGCUUCGUCGACUGUGGCGCGUCCUGGAGGGCGACGAGACGACCUCCACGCAGGAACCCGGCCGUCACGUGAAGAAAAAGCCAUAA